AUGGACCUGCACAUCUUGGAGCACCGGGUGCGGGUGCUGAGCCUGGCCCGCCGCGGGCUCUGGCUCUACACCCACCCGCUGCUCAAGCUGCUCUUCCUGCCCCAGCGCUGCCGAUGCAAGUUCUUCAGCCUGACGGAGACCCCCGAGGACUACACAGUCAUGCUGGACGAGGAGGGCUUCAAAGAGCUGCCUCCUUCCGAGUUCAUGCAGGUGGCAGAUUCCACGUGGCUGGUGCUCAGUGUCGUCUCCAACGGGCGGGAGCCCCCCGGCUGCCAGGCCACCGGUGUCACCAAGAUCGCGCGGUCGGUCAUCGCGCCGCUGGCCGAGCACCACGUCUCGGUGCUGAUGCUCUCCACGUACCAGACUGACUUCAUCCUGGUGCGGGAGCGGGACCUGCCCGUCGUGAUCCACACGCUGGCCGGGGAGUUCGACAUCUACAGGGAGGAGAGUGGCGAGUGUGUCCCUGUCACCUGCGAUGAUGUGAGCAACGGCUUCCUCAAGCCCAAGCCACCCACCAGCCCCACGCUGCACCCAGUGCAGAGCCCCCAGACCCGCUUCUGUGUCCUGACGGUGGCCCCCGACACGCUGCCCGCCAUCGCCACCAUGCUCAUCGACGUCCUCUUCUACUCCCACAGCAGCCCCCCGUGGGAUGCAGCCACCAGCAGCCAGGACCUCGACUCCAUCACCUUCUUCUCCUUCUCCCUCAUCGAGGGCUACAUCUCCAUCGUGAUGGAUGCUGAGACCCAGAAGCGCUUCCCCAGUGACCUCCUGCUGACCAGCUCCACAGGGGAGCUGUGGCGGAUGGUGCGGAUUGGGGGGCAGCCCCUCGGCUUCGACGAGUGUGGCAUCGUGGCGCAGAUCGCAGAGCCGCUGGCAGCCGCCGACAUCUCGGCCUAUUACAUCAGCACCUUCAACUUUGAUCAUGCCUUGGUCCCCGAGGAGGGCAUCGCCGAGGUCAUCCAGCUGCUGCAGCAGCGGCAGGAGAGCAGCAGAUAGGGGUGACUGUCCCCACACUGACUGACUGUCCCAGCGUGGUGUCCCCCCUCCUCCCCACCCAAAUUCAUUAGUUAUGAAUUUUAAUGAUCCCCCAGCACAGGACAGAACCGGGCACAGCAUCGCUCCCUCUGUGCUGGGGGAGUGGUGGCUUUGGGGACAUGGUGGCCUUGUGCCCGUGGGAACUGGCCCACAGGAGAGGGGUCAGUGCCUGUGUGCCAUCCUCUCCCUGUAGCCUGGCCUGUGCAGGGUGGGUGGCCAAGGGCAGAGU